AGAUUGCAUAUUCGACAGCUAGAUGUCAAAAUCAAAUCGUCAUUGUUAAGUUUUGAGUUUUUGACAGCAUUUAGCAACAUUUUAAGGAAUACUGAGAUAGAAUUGUGUCGGCUUUGGUAAAACAUCAAAAUACCGUCUGAUAACUACUGAAAGAUCUUAAUACAGUCUUAAACACCUAGAUCUCUACAGAACGGUGCCUGUGAACCAUGGAUCGUCUUUUACGCCUCGGAGGAGGUAUGGCUGGAUUAUCCCAAGCGCCCCCGCCGACCGAUGCGCCCGUCGUAGACACAGCGGAGCAAGUUUACAUUUCGUCAUUAGCACUCUUGAAAAUGCUGAAGCACGGCCGAGCCGGUGUUCCAAUGGAGGUUAUGGGUCUUAUGUUAGGUGAAUUUGUUGAUGAUUACACAGUUCGUGUUAUUGAUGUCUUUGCGAUGCCUCAAACUGGAACUGGAGUGUCUGUGGAGGCUGUUGAUCCCGUAUUUCAGGCUAAAAUGUUGGAUAUGUUGAAACAAACUGGACGACCUGAGAUGGUUGUUGGAUGGUACCACUCACAUCCUGGUUUUGGUUGUUGGUUAUCAGGGGUUGAUAUUAACACCCAGCAAUCUUUUGAGGCUUUAUCUGAAAGAGCUGUGGCCGUUGUAGUCGAUCCAAUACAAUCAGUGAAAGGCAAAGUGGUUAUUGACGCAUUCCGCCUAAUCAACCCAAAUAUGAUGGUCCUCGGACAGGAGCCUAGGCAAACCACAUCCAAUUUGGGCCACUUACAAAAGCCAUCGGUACAGGCUCUCAUCCACGGCUUAAAUCGUCACUACUAUUCCAUCAGUAUAAACUACAGAAAGAAUGAGUUGGAGCAAAAGAUGUUGCUAAAUCUGCACAAGAAAUCUUGGAUGGAUGGACUUACUUUAGCAGACUAUAAAGAGCAUUGUGCUAUCAAUGAAACCACUGUUACUGAAAUGCUUGAUUUGGCUAAGAAUUACAAUAAAGCACUUGAAGAUGAAGAGAAGAUGACACCUGAGCAGUUAGCUAUUAAGAAUGUUGGUAAACAGGACCCCAAGAGGCAUUUAGAAGAAAAAGUUGACGUAUUGAUGGCAAACAACAUUGUGCAGUCUCUCGGAGCAAUGCUUGACACCAUGGUUUUUAAGUGAUUGUUCAAGAUACUUUUAAGUAUUAAGGUCAAUAAAAUGAAUGAUUGCAUAUAUUGAGUUGAGUCUCAAUUCUUAACUCCCAGCAAAAUGUUGUUCAUACAAUGCUUCUCAUAAAUAUAUUUAUGGUAACAAUAAAACAAUCCUUUUAUAUAAA